CAACAAUCGAGAUCCACCAGUGUCUGACAGAAGCUUGGCAGUUCAUCACUGAGAAUCCUUCCGCUGCAGAUAUGAGUUGGUGUGUGACUUUGUUCACUCUUCUCGUCCUACAAACUCAGCUGACCUCAGUGUCUGGUUUGAGCCGGGAUGAGAUCGAGAGGUUUGUGCUGCUUGCCAAAACCGAUGUCGACGCGGCCUACAAGUACUCACGAACUGUGUCCCUCAGCCGCGUGAGAAGAAACGAAGCCACAGCCUCAGAUCUCCUGCGUCUGGAGAGGCAGCCGUCGGGUCUGACCAGGUCUGCUGCCCGUGCAUCAGACUACAUGGACCACGCUGUCAGACUGAUCAAGAGGUCGCUGUCUUCACGUCACAAGCGCUCGCUGAAUGCAACAGAUGGGCUGCCGGAGGAAACGCUGAAGUUGGUUGCUGAACUGACAGGCUGCUCAGCCAGGCACCGGGUCCCUGUGUGUGAAACUACCGGCAACUUGAACACAUUUCGAACAGCAAGCAGCGUCUGCAACAACAGAAAAAACACCCGUUGGGGAGCCACCAACAUUCCGCUCACCCGCUGGCUGCCUGCAGAGUACCAGGAUAAUAUAUCUCAGCCCAAAGGUUGGGACGCCCAGCGGACAGUCAACGGCCAUCUCCUUCCUUUGGUCAGAGAGGUGUCCAACCGCAUCCUCCGAACAACCACCUGUAAUAUCAAGAACGACCCACUCUACUCCGACAUGUUGACCAUGUAUGGACAGUGGAUUGACCACGAUCUGUCCUUUACGCCCAUGUCUGCCGUCAUCCGCUCCUUCAAUAAUGGCAUGGACUGUGACAAAAGCUGUGAUCGGACAGAGCCCUGCUUCCCCAUUAAGAUCCCCCCACAAGACCCUCGCUUUGGCAGGAACUCAGACCAGUGCUUGCCCUUCUUCCGCUCAGCUUCGGCUUGCGGUACUGGUACCACGGGUUACCUCUUUGGCAAAGGAGUUGUCCGGGAGCAGAUGAAUGGCAUAACCUCAUACAUUGAUGUGGAUCAGGUUUAUGGCUCUGAUGACAAGAGAGCCACCGCUCUGCGGGACCUCAGCUCAGAUGAUGGACUCCUGAGAGUGAACCCCAAAUACAAAGAUGGUGAACGUCAUCUCAUGCCCUUCACCAGUGCUGGUGCCAACAUGUGUGCGACUCGCUCUCGCAUCACUGGCGAUAAAGACGUUGAAGAGACACCCUGCUUCUUUGCAGGUGACAAGCGCGCCAACGAGAACAUUGGUCUCACAUCUGUGCACACACUGAUGAUGCGAGAACACAACCGUCUGGCUCGGGCUCUGAGGAAAAUGAACGCUCACUGGAGCGGAGAGAGAAUCUACCAGGAGACCCGGAAGAUCAUGGGAGGAUACUUCCAGGUCAUCACCUACAGAGACUACUUGCCUCACAUCGUUGGGAGAGAAUUCAUGGACAAGAAAUUAGCCAACUACCCAGGGUAUAGUGAAUCAGUGGAUGCCAGCGUCUCCAACGUGUUUGCUACCGCUGCCUUCCGCUUUGGUCAUGUGGCGAUCCAACCCAUCCUGUUCCGGCUUGAUGACAAGUACAAAGAUCACCCGACUUAUCCUAGCCCCAUGCUGCACAAAGCUUUGUUCGCCCCCUGGAGGAUCCUCCAUGAAGGGGGUCUUGAUCCCAUCUUGAGGGGUCUGGUGGGCGGACAGGCCAAACUCAACACGCAGGACAGCAUGAUGCCUGAUGCUCUCAGGGACAGGAUGUUUGAAUUCUCCGCUAACCUGGCCCAGGAUCUAGCAUCCCUGAACCUGCAGAGAGGAAGAGACCAUGGGCUUCCUGGAUACAACAAAUGGCGCAAAUUCUGCAACUUAUCAGAACCAACAAAUGUGGCAGAACUGACUGACGUCAUGGAGAAUGCCGAACUUGCCCACCACUUGAUGGGUCUGUAUGGAACCAUCGACAACAUCGACGUGUGGCUCGGAGGAAUCUCAGAGCCGUUUGUUAAAGGUGGAAGAGUGGGACCUCUGUUUGCCUGCCUUAUUGGAACUCAGUUCGAGAGGGUCCGCCAAGGAGACCGGCUUUGGUGGGAGAAGGACGGGGUGUUCACUGCAGCCCAGAGAAGCUCCCUGAAGGGAACAUCAUUCUCCCGCUUCAUCUGUGAUAACACUGGCAUUGAUGAGGUUCCAAAAGACCCCUUCCUGUACCGCCCCCGAGGGGACGGCUACACUAAAUGUGAGGACAUUCCAGCGUUCGACCUCAGUCCAUGGAAAGAUGAAGCAGCCCCUUGAUGGCAUCAGGUGAAACCACAAGCCUCAUUGUCUUCGAGAUAAACCAUGAACCUAAUUUUGUAGUUGUUCCUGAAAUCGACCUCCUGAUUUUCAUCGACUAGUGAUGACAUCCACCCAAUCAAUGACGUCAUCCAGCUCAAUAACUGGACUCUUCCAAUGACAGCACUUCAAUGUUCAUUAUUUAUAUUGUCAAUUAAAUGUAAAUAAAAUAAAUGCAUUAAUUUAAAUAUUCAUAUGUUUUUUGAUCAAAUGGGUCCCAGAAAACACCACCUGGUGCUGUGGGGAACAAGGUGAACUAGUGUCACUAGAAAAAGAAAGGACACCAAUAAAAUGUGAAGUCAUUCAUUCUUUAUUGUGACAUAACGUGUAACACCCUCUAUUUUAAUUUAUGUUGAUAUAUUUUUUGUAAGCAGUUGUUUCACAGUCAA